AAACGAAGAUGAACGCCAAAAGUUCAGCAAUUUUUUUUGUUUGUCGAAUGUGUGUUUUUCAUAAAUUAAAUAAAUUUAAAAUGCUCAUGGAAUAACAGUAAUACGAAAUUUAUCUAAUUUAAUUUGCAAGCUCUAAUGAGCGAUAAAAUAUUUAAAUAAAAAGAUAUGAAAAGAAUAGAAAAGAUAAUCCCAAAACGAGAUAUAAAAUAACCGUAUGAAGGUGUAUGCGUGCAGAAAAAAAAAUAGUGUGCUUUGCCAAUUCUUGUAAAAGCAGCCAUCAGAAAAUCACGCUAAAUAUAUUACAGAAAAAAUUUUUGACGAUUAUUAGUCGCGUAUAAAAAAAAUAACACGCAAUAAACUUUAGGAAAUUUAUGCGAUAUUUUGUUAAAAAGAUUGUAGAUCUUAUUGUGAAAUUCUGAUAUCGAAAAGAAAGAAAUAGUUAAAACUUUUGUGAUUGAAUAAGAGGGUGCUCCGUGCCGCCCCGCCUGUCGCAGAGAGCGCGCGUUGUGAGACUCCGCUGGGCGAGACAGUUUUCGGGCUCGUUGACGCGUACUCGUUUCAUAUAUGGUUUUGUGGCAUUCAGUUGCUCUGUGAACGUUAGUGUGCACAGACUCAUAAAAAAAUAAUAAUAGGUUCAGCCACUACCGGCCCCGCGAAUAAAACUCUUGGACAGCGGAUACAGUCUUUAUCUACAUAUGUCAUUUUGAUUACGCUAAGCUAAAUGGAGCAGCCCUUGGUUUAAGUGUUCUAAAGCGACCGUAGUCCUUUAUUGGUGCUUUAUAAACAAAGUCUAACAAGUCAAAACUUAAAGGUAGUUAAUAAAAUGAUGGAAACUAUCAAUCAAGCACAAACUGAAGCGGUUAAUAUCAGUUCCACCUUAGAUUCGACACCAACACAAUUUCCACCGCCAGUGAAUAACGAUGAUCAGAAAAUUGCAAAUAAUUCGCUGCAUGUUAAUGAAAAUACCAAAAGAUGUUUAAUUCAAGAAGCAACAACUACAAAUAAUUGCAUUAGUAAUGUUGAUCGUAUCCAAUUGAACGAAGAGAAGGAAGAUGGGAAUUACAUUGGCCAUCAAAACAGUAAAGAAGUGGAAAAACAGACGGAUAGUCUACCGAUGGUGGAAAAUAAAAUUGUAAAAUCUUCAUUUGUUAUGGACGAAGAAGACGAACAUUCGCCAGAAAGAAAAAGAUUCAAAUACGAUAUUCAAGAUGAACAUGUAUCAAAAACCUGCUGCAAAGUCUUAUAUAAUGACGAAGAUGAAUUGCUCAGAAGUGAUGAUGACGAUUACGAUGAUACUGACGGCAUUGACGGUAAAAAUGCUGAGAGUAAAAGUGUGGAUAAUAUAUCAAAGGAAGAGGAAGAGCAGCUUCUCAGAAGCGACGAUGAAGAACAGACACAAAAUGAAUUUGCAGAGAAAACAUCUGCAGGCUUCUCACAAACAGAGCAUAAGCAUCAAUUUUCUGCAGGAGAUAUUAUAGGUAAGCAGGAGCAAGCAGAAAAUUUAGAAAUCGAUUCCGCUGGUAAUAACGGAGAGGAUCAUUGCAUUGUUCGUAAUAUAGAGAGAGAAGAUAGCAAUAGUCGGUCAAGCAGUAACAAUAAUAAUGGAAAAUUAGUUGAAUUUCGAAGCGAAUCAAAUGACAAUGCUCCCAAAUUGGAAAAUCAUUGUGGUCAAGACAAUACUAGUCAAACAAUAGAAUCAUUGACACAGCAAAGUUUGCUUGAAACAACAACCGAUGUUAACGAUUUGGAUGAGAGAGAAGGUGCAUUGUUAGUUCAACGACAGUCACAAGAGCAUCACAAAGUACCUAAUAAAGGCCAUAAUCCAUUUGCAAUGGAAAGAAAUACACCUGAAACUCAAAUAACUUUUGAGAAUAUGUUUGCGGAUAAAAAGCAAACUAGAGAAAGUGAUAAGCAAUUGGGGAAGUGGCAUACGAAUGUGAUAAAUGCAGACGACAGCAGCAAUACAUCUCCCCCAAGAUCAACUCAACUUAACGGUGAACAUACAUCCACGGAUCAUUUCUUACCAAGUUUUGGAGAGUCUAUAGCAAGUAGUAAGAAAAAUGUUUCCGUAGAUUCAUCGUUAUCCGCUGAAAGUAUUGCAAUUAACAGUAAACAGGAAGGUGAAGAACCUGGAAAUUCCCAACAAAUUGAAGAAGGAAGGCUAAAUGAAGCAUCACCUUGGACUCAAUCUUUUGCGGAUGAAGCCGCCAGUCGCUCAUCAGUAAAUUCGUGCAGUUCCGAUUCAAGUAGUACUUCAAGUUCUUCGCAACAGUUAGUUAUAGAUCACCCCAUGGACCCCAUGGAAGAUUUAAUGAAAGAGGAAAAGGUGACACCGUUUAAAACUGACCUGAAGCGAAAGCUUUCCCAUAGUAGUGCCAGUGAGAGUACGGAACCUCAACAGAAACAAUUAAAUUUAGCGGACAAAAAUGAUAAUUGCAGCACUUUCACGGAUCGCGUUAGCGAAAGUAUAGUAAUCAAUGACGAACAUAUGAAAAUGGGAGAAAAUGUGGAAAAAGCAUAUUUGAAAAUUCCAAAUGAUCACGUAAGCGAAAAGGAACUGGCCUGUGAAUCAUCGCUGCAAGUUAAGGAAGCCAAGCAGAAAGCAACUUGCAUGCAAAUUAAGGAAGAAGAGCCUUGUUCCCGGGGCUUAAACAGUGAUGACACGGCAACAGUUUCCCAAACGAAUAAUGACUCCAGUUCUUCCCUUCAAGCGCCGGAAUCUUGCCAAGCUACAGUUACUUUACCCGAAGUGACAGUUACUUCUAAAUCUCUACUCCUGCAACAAUUGGAAAAACCUUUAAUGCCACCACCAGUGACGCCAAUUUCUAAGCCACCGUUUCAAAGUCGUAACAAUGUUUUAGCGACGCAGGGGCCACUUGUUUCGGAAACAUCUGUGGGCGUCUCAAAAACGUUUCCCCCACCAUCUACAUCAUUCGCAACACUCACGACCUCUACAACUCCAAUUAAAUACUUUUGUUUUAAAUGCAAAGUCGGAAAAUUUGAUUCAUUUUCCGCUUUAACAGAUCAUCAGGCUUCAUGCUGUAGCUCAAGCAGUCUUUUGCCGGUAAGCAGCUCAGCAAGCGGAUCCACAAAAAUAUCUGAGGUUGGAAAAGAGCACAGGAAAACAAUAGCUGCAAUGAUUCCUUUAACUGGCAGGAAACGUUACUACAAAUGUUCUAGCUGUGGUACAUUCCAUGAAAAUUGGAAUCUAUUCUUGCACGUACGAGAAAAACACAACCGCCACAUGUGUUUAUAUUGUUCACGGUUUUUUCCAACUGCUGAAAAGUUAGCUUUGCAUUUGGAAAUUAAACAUGAUCUCGAGCAGAACCAUUAUCAUUCCGAAGAGGCCCUACGAAACUGUACUACAGUUUUAAAGGGAAGUUACCCUUUGGAAGCUAGGUUUCUAAUGUGUUGUACUUGCCAGCAUAUGUUCGGCGAAGAUGAAUCUUUCUCACAUCACGAUUGUUCGGAAUACAUUGCACCCUGUCCGCUAUGCGGUCAGAAGGGACGACAUACGAAUCAGUGCAAGACUCAUUCAGAAGCCAAACACUUUAGCAAACUUAAAAAGAAAAAGGAAAAACCCCAAUUAGCGAAAAAACCUCAAACAAAGGAAGUGAUUGUCCCGCCAUCGGAGAUGUUACCUAUGCAACCAUUGACUAAUUAUCAACCUCUUACUACAGAAACGACUAGUACCGAGUCGUUGGCGUCCACUUUGAAUUGUGAUAUUAAGCCCAAUUCGGCCUCUUUGGCGGUUAACGAUAUGCAUACCGAUGACAGCAAUAGUAGUAGCAAUAUGGUAAUUGAUGAAUCGUGUACAACCAGCCAUCCUAUUACGCAAACAAAUCCGUUUAAAGAAUUGGACGAACGCGAACGUUUGGAAGAGCAGCAGUGUAGAGCAAUGACGGAAGUUGAACUACCUCCGGAUAGGCCGGAGGACGUGCAGUCUACUGCUGUCGCUCUGCCCAAAUUGGUCGUGCCGAAAUUUAAACUUAGGGUUCCGAAAGAGUUCCAAAAAUCUGUUGAUGCGGCUCUUAGUACUUCAGAUAGUGAUGACGGCGAAUAUGGAGAUAACGACCUAGGACAUUCUGAGAAUUUGGCCGACGAAUCGAAACAAAAUGAAUCUAACUUAACCGGACCAUCUUCUUUUUCUUAUAAUGAAACAGUAAGCCAGAAUAGCGAUAUCACUACGCCGUCAACGAAAAUUGAAACAGGUGAAGUUACUGUUGAUCACAAACUUUUGAAUGCUAAUAACUCUUUGGAUGAAGAUGAUUCACUUGAUGAACCCAAUAAAAAUUUGCUGCGUAUUAUGCAGGAGAUUGAACGAACUAAAUUAGAUAUACAACGGACUAAGAAAGUUUCACGACACGCAACAAAACCGCAUGUCUUAUCGAGACCGUCCGCCACUCCAUCACAAUCUAGCCAGGGCGCUGCUGAGCAAAAUUGGUCGCCCACUCCGCCGGCUUCACCAAAUUCGCGAUGGUUUCCGGCACGUACAGACGGUGUUACGCAAAGUCAAGAUCAAUGCAAUUUGGAUGUAAUCCAACAACCUAGUUUGUUACCGCCCCCGACUACUUCGAAUGAUGACGAUGCGUCAACUUUGAAAAUGCUGGAAAGACGUGACACUAUUGGCAGUGAGGUAAUGGAUAUUGAUGAAACAAUUACUGGUCAACCCACUCCAACAGUUAUGAGGAAUGAACUGACUCAGUCCACGAGCGAAUCGCUGAGCACUUCGACAGACAGCAAUUUUACGAAAACGUUGGAUGUUAAUCAUAGCAUAGAAAGCGAAAUAGAAGAAGGCAAGAUGUUUCCAAAUCUACCAACCGAAGCUUUUCAGAAGGCAGAAGACGCGAAUAACUCUGAUGAACGCUUACAGCCUUCUGAGAAAGUAGAUAUAAACGCUAGCGAUGAGCGCUUAAGUCCAAUGGAUACUUCGUCGCAAACUGAUUUAGAGCACAAGGAUAUUAGUGAACAUUCUGAAGCGACUGGAGAAGACGAGGAUAAGGAAAUCGAUGUAUGCGGCGGUUCUAAUAAAGGAUCCGAGGAAUUUCUACCAUCGGCAGCCAAUCGAGACAAAGAGUUACCAGCCGAUGGAAUAGAAGUUGCAAGUGAAGAUACUUUGACAACAGAAUUACAAUUAGACCGUCCCUUAGACAAAUAUGAAACUAUUGAAUUUGUACGAAUCUGCUUGAAAGCUGUCUAUCCUUUGUGCUUGUAUUGUAACUACGCUCGUCGUAUAGCGGUGAAUGGUAAGAGCUUGGUGUUGCACAUCAUUGCUCAUCAUCGUUUUGUCGCAACGGUAGAUAGUAUUACAGCUGAAGAACUUUACUCAGACACUAUAGUGACAAAACUGAAGAGUUUUUUAUCGGAUUUAGAAGAACAUCACUUCAAUCUGAGCAGCUAUUGUUCAAUGGGCAUAAGCGCAUUUACCCUCCCAUUCGAUGAACGACAAUUCGAAUGCUUUCAAUGCCGGUUCGUCACCUCUACGCAUAAAGAAUUAUAUUUGCAUAAUCGGAAGAUGCACUUGCGAACUGCUAUCCUUUGCUUUAUGUGCCGUGCUCACUUCUUCAGUUUUAGUGAGAUUCUAUGCCAUGUAUGCCCUGGAGUAGCAAACAAAGUUUCCGUAUUUGACAUGAAAUUCCGUUGUUGCUUAUGCAACGUGGACAACAUACCGUCACCGUUUCGUUUGAUGGUCCAUUUGCGCAAACGUCAUUUUGCUUGUGAUGUUUGUUUGGAAGACUGUCGAGACCAAAGCAGACUCAGUUCACAUGUGUGGAAACAUAAACUUCACCAUUUAUGUUAUCGAUGCGGUAUAGCAUAUCGCAAUAAAAUGGACAUAACUAAACAUUUAUUUUGGAAACAUGGAACGGAAAGUACAAUUUGCAAGCGUUGUCUACAGAAACGUUGGCGUCAUGUUUACCAUUUUUGCAUACCUCCGCAAACAUUUCUAUGUGAGGUUUGCAAUAUGUCUUUCUCCAAAGCCAUGCACUUAAGAGUACACAAACGUUUACAUACUGGAGAUUUACGAUAUCCUUGUGCCGAAGAUAAUUGUGAUGAAAAGUUUAUAUCCAGAAGACUUUUGCUCAAACAUGCUGCGGUGCAUGAGCCAAUGCCAGUAACGCCGGUGUUGAAGAAACUCGACGAGUCAGGGAAAGCCCUUGGGGAGGAAGAUGAAAAGCCAGAAAAGGGUGUCGCACAACUCAAGGAAGAAUCCAUUCUUGUUAAGAAGGAACCUGUUGAAGAUCCUAAUACGAAAUUCGAAAACACUUUGAAAAAAGAAGAAAACGACGAAAAGUCCAACAUAAUUGCUGAGAUUGAAUCACGAAAGGAGGAAAGCAAAUCUCACUCGCUUGAGCAAGAUACCCCGCGUAAAAGACGUAACAAAAAACAUAAACGUCCUAAAGAAUUGUUGGAUGAUUUGAAUUUAACUGCGCCUAACUUAUCAGAAUCUGACAGUAGCGAUGAUGAUUCCGAUUCAGAUUCAAAAACCAAGGGUGAGCUGGACGCUUUGCCACGUGUUAUGCUCUCGCCCCCUUCGGAGGCUGAGAACGAAGAAGAGAUGUCUCCUGAAACGGAGAAGCAGAAUCCUGGUCAAGUUUUGGAAAUUUGGAAAAAUUUCCUUAAAACCCAACAAGGCACAAACGCGGAAGAAUUGAAACGUUUGACAACCACAGCUGAUUAUACGGAGGAUAAUUAUCCAACUCCACAUAUGUUGCAUGUUAUUUAUUCGGAUCACGAUUACUGUGCCAUGUAUAAACCGAAGACUCCUCCACCACCCUUAGAGAAUAAAGACAAAAGCCCAAUUAGAUUGUUAACGCCACAGGAUAGUACGCCGAAAUGUUCUCCAACAACAAAAGAAAAUGAAAAGUCGCCCCUCCAGUUGUCUUCAAAAAAAUCAGAAAACUCUUCUUCAUCUAGUGGAUCAAGUUCUAGCUCGGAUUCCAGUUGCUCUUGUGGCUCCAAUUGCUCAUGUUCAUCUAGCGAAAGUGAUAGUAGCUCUUCGAGUUCAUCUUCUGACGAUAGUGAUACUUCAGCGGCCUCUAAUAUUUCAAUGCGUAAAAAACAUCGCAAAAAAUCAGAAAGAGACCGUCUUCGGAAAAAAAGUGAAAGUUUAUCGCCUGUCAAAAACUCUAGUAAACUUAGCACCAGCGACAUUAUCAAUGUAGAAGAUGUUGCAGGACUGGAUGGAGAAAAGGACGCUGACGAAAAUUUUGCUCCGACUUCUCCAGCCAAGGAACCUCCAUUCUGUGAAAGUGAUCUAGAGACCAAUGAAUCGGAAACCGACGAGGAAUUCUACGAUGAACAUCCUCAAAAGUUAGCCAAUGAGCUACUGGCUCAAAAACGAGCUCAACUUAUGGCUCAGACAAGACUUUCGCCAUCACACAACUACGAUAUUGUUGAAAACAGUAGACCAUCAACACCCUCUUUGCCAGAAGAAGUGGCGGGCAGUGAAAAAAUUAAAGUGAAAGUGAAGAAAAAGAAACGUGACCGGAAAACUUCGUGCAAAGCGGCAGGACUGCACAACAAUCAUGCUAAUAAUAUGCAAUCAAUGUCGCCUCUAGCUAGUACAAACCCGCCAGAGCUACAACAUCAAUCCUUAAUGUCAGUUGCAGAAGCUCAAAUCCCGCCUCCACUAACUAUCGCUCAUCCGGCGAGUAAUAUUUAUGCAUCAGCAACGGCAAUCAUUGAUGAGCAAUCGUCUCUGUCUAGGCCUUUAAAUAUGGCCACGGCCAUUUAUGGCAUUGGUACGGGUCGCAUAAGCGAAGGAAGCAGCUGCUCAGAUGCAGACGGGUCCUUGAAACGUUCAAAACGAGCACGUAGACCUAAUAAAUUUUAUGGUUACACAAGUGAUGAUGAAAACAUUACAAGCGGUUCUUUCGGUCAGCCCCUUAUGAUAGGCAUGAGAGCUUUUAAACCUCAGCCACCACCUCAAUUAACUUGGCGCAAAGAGGAUUUGCCGACACCAUCAAAAAGUAUAUUAAACAAUAGAAAUAAAGCUACGAGAAUUCCCAAAACUUCGGGAAUAGGGAAUCUAUUCAAUUCGUCCUCAAGUAACGUUGCUACUCUUUCAAAUAAGAAGAAGCCACGUUUAACUGGCACAAGCGAUAAAGCAACACGUAAACGACCAUCUAAGAAGAAGGAUCUAAAUUCAGGUAGUAAUUUGCCACCUAUACCCACGUUAAAGAUACGCCCGUCAGAAAUUGGUUUGAAUAACAAUGUGAAACAAUCAAGCUCUCAAGGUGAAUAUAACAUGUCGGAGAGCAGCAGUGACGAUGACAGUAUAACUACCAACGCCAUAAGUACAACUUUAGCUCAUUUUAUUAAGCCCAAUCAUGGUCUUUGUGGACCGCUUCCUUUAACUAAUCCUGCUUCCGCUCUAUUACCUUCGGCCCCCCCUCCACCGCCUACACCGCAAACUAAGGCGUUCAAUCAUAAAAUACCACCAGCGCUGCUGCCAAACCCAGAUUUUGCUACCUUGCAGUAUUUCAAGGCAAACAACAUACGCUAUCCUAUACGGCCGCCGGCGGGUGCUAGGCAACCGAGAGAGGGUGAAUCGGUCUAUUGUUAUUGUCGUUGCCCUUACGACGAAGUCUCUGAAAUGAUAGCAUGCGACGGAGAAAAUUGUCUUAUUGAAUGGUUUCAUUUCGAAUGUGUGGGCAUAAUGGUAGCGCCACAAGGAAAAUGGUUUUGUGCCGAAUGUCGACCUAAGUAUUCCGAAGAAUUAUAUCCCACAACAAAUCCCACGAUCGGUAACGACAUUAAUGUUUAGUAGGGUGUAUUUAUUGUAAAUAUUUCAGAAACGUUCUUCUCGAAAAUCGCACACUUUCCUUUAGGAAUUAAUUUACUAAUUGUAUAUAGUUUUCUCCCAUUUUUAUGAUCGCUCGUUUAGACCAUUAGUUUUACUUCUAUGUAUAAUUUAUGAGGAAUAAUAAAUAAACUGUACAAUCAAUCGCUAAGAAGGUAAAGCAUCGAGUGUAUGUGAGAGAAACGCCUCUAAUACGCUUAUUUAAUUAUAAAACAAAUAUCAAAUACAGUUUACAGACUUUUCUUUCGAGUUUAUAUUGCAUUACAAAAUCAUUGAAUUGGUCGUCAGUCUUGAAUUCAUCCUGUAUAAAAGCUAACAUAAUGGAGCUACACGAGAGGGAAAUGAAAUAUUUGUGGGACAUUAGAGAGGUAAACAAUUUGUUGCCUGGUGAAAUGUUGAAGACGUAGGUAGAAAGAAGUGGAGAAAUGAAGGAAUUCGCUCAUAGCCUUAUAAUUGUCUCUUCCGUUUAGUUUUAUUUUAAUUUCAGUAACUGAGUAAAUAAUGUAUUUCGAUGAAUAUGAAAUAAAAUUUAAAUUCUUAUAUUUGUGUAUAAAGCCAUUGCGAUUAAG